AUGGAACCAGUUGUUUUUACCAGUGAAAGAAGUACGACUUCCUUGAAUGCGCAACAAGAACUAACGACGUCACAUCUUCACACAGUCGAAGCAGUACGAAAGCUAAGCUCAACAAAGCAACCGCAUCAAACAUAUAACCUGGCAACUGAAUCAGCGAGCCAAGCAAACACUGAAGUCUCAGGAGAAAUAAGUGGAGGUGAAAAGAAGCGUAUGUCAGCGGACUUCAAUGAGUCGUUACACGCCUCUAUGAAUGGUAGAAUACCCGGCAAAGAAGCAACAUUUAAUCAUUCUAAAAGAUUUUGUUAUCAAAGCCCCAUUAUACAACAGUGCCUGGGCAACCACAAAUCAAAUCUACAAUCAUCCAAAAAUAUAGGUCCAAAGCUAACUUGGUAUUUUGAUCUCGUGGAAUUGGAAUGCCACUCCACGUCAGACUGCAUUACCAAUGAGAAUGCGUUUGCUUCCCAAGAGGAUUGUGAACUCACCUGCAUCCCAACUCCAGACGUUCGCAAGUGUCUUGCCCCCCCAAAAGCCGGCUAUUAUCACUGCUUAGAUCAGCAGUCUACCCAAGCAGUGAAUCCAGUCCUCAUGGUUUAUUUCGACAAAACAGCUGGAAAAUGUCAUUGGUUUACAUUCUACGGGUGCGGAGGCACGAGUAACCGAUUCCGAUCAAUUGCCGAGUGUGAGAGCACCUGCAGCGAGCGAGUGGCGUCAGACAUCUUCAUAAGUGCUUCCGAACUGUGUCACAAGGCUCCAUCUGAAGAAUUGCCCCAAGCCUGGCUGAUCACAAGUCCCUUGAUAAAAUCUGCUGUUGCAGAGAACAAUACGACAGAUCGUGAACUCAUGCAUUCGCUGAACUCCUUGUUUGUGCCUGAAACGCUACAAAUUGAACCGAGUUGUAUGAACAUUGGCCAAAUGGAAUCACGCUGGUAUCUUGACGUUCAUACGGGUACCUGCAAGGAGUUUGCGUACACCCAUUGUGGUGGAUCACCCAAUAACUUUUUAAGCAGGACUGAUUGUGAGCAGUUUUGCGGAGCUCGAAAGGAGAGCUUGGAAGACGUUUGCCACUUUCUACCAGACUCUGGCCCCUGUGAUUUAAAGCACUCAAUGUGGUAUUUCGAUCCUAACUAUCUUCAGUCUGGGAGCCGCAUUGGUCAGGUGGACAAAGGCGCUUGUCGGACAUUCGCUUACUCUGGCUGCGGAGGCAACAGUAAUCGAUUUGUCGAUCAACGGUCAUGUGAGGCCACAUGCGCAAAGUUCAGAGAGCACCUAGAAUGGCAAGACUCCGAAUUAAGUGAGGGAAGUGGAGCCAAGCAACUGGGACGUAUCGAUGGAGUGGACUUAUCCGAAAUAGACGACUGGGGCUAUUUUAACGCUUUGCUUUCUAACACCACAAGUGCGGAGCAUAAUGCAGUGACCGAAAUCGGUGCGCCAAAGAACCAAGAAUUGGCGAAGAGCGUCAAUCUGCUGAGUAUUGAUCUUGAACCGUGCCGACGCCCCGCUAUUUCUGGGAAUUGCCAUCCUCUAAACUGUUCAGUGGCUGACUUAAAUGCUACAAACUGCACAAUAUUGAAGAUGCAACGAUGGUUUUUUAACGCGCACACCAGCAACUGUGAACCAUUCAGCUACAGUGGUUGUGGUGGUUCAGAGAACACAUUUGACGAUGCGCAGUCCUGUCAGGUGGCCUGCAAGGCCCGCAUUGUGCGCCCGGACCGUGAUCGACGAUGCGACUCACUACCUCAUCAAAACAAGUGCUACACGCUGACUUUAAAUGCCGGAGCGCUUGUCGGGGGUAAAUCCAACUCCACGAUCGCGUUCCACUUCAGUGUGGAAAGCGCCACUUGUAAGGCAUUCCAACUGGACACCAGCCGACCGGGAUGUGAUCCAAAGCCAUAUUUUUCCAACGGACAUGAAUGCUUGCGCGCUUGUCUCAAGUCUUCACCAACAGAGAAACAUCUACAAAAUCGCUGUUUUGCACGUAAAACCCACUCUACUGGUGAAUGUGCUCCAGAUGAACAACGUGUGUUCCGCUGGUCUUACCUCUCCGAACUACAUCAAUGUGUACGGUUCUCACAAUGCGCCCCACAUGCAGAUGAGUCCGUUCAACCUGGAAAUAAUUUCGCCUCCAGAGCGAUAUGUGAAACUACCUGUAUGGGAUCAAGUCUAGAAGAGGUUUGCCAACUCCCAAUGGAUCCUGGGCCAUGCAGUGCCAACCAACCUCGAUACUAUUAUGACACAAAGGCGGUCAAAUGUCGCAUGUUUCUCUACGGUGGUUGUCUGGGUAAUGCCAAUCGAUUCACUUCCCGUCACGAGUGCCUGAUGGCGUGCUCCGAGUUUGCCACAAAGGUCAUGCUUCCGAAUGUCACAUCAGUGAAAACCGUAUUACAUUUGAUGCCUACGGAUUCGGAAGCUCAGGCAACCACACUGCCUGUUGCUGUGUUUGAGCUAAUGCGCCGAGUCACACAGCAUCAUACAGAUCAUUUCCCUUGGGAUUUGUGUCUGGAGACGCAUUCGUAUGGGACAUGCCCAUUGCUCAACGGCUAUCAUCACUUCACCAGUGGAUUUACUCCUAAGCAACUCACCAGAUACUUCUACGAUCGCCGGCUUGGGAAAUGUCAGCCAUUCACCUAUACUGGAUGUGGUGCGAGAGGCAACCAUUUUGACACACAACAGGAUUGCGACCUCGUCUGUGAGCGGCGACUACGCGGCCCAGCACACGAUAGAUGCCAGCCAAAUGUCACCGUCAAGUUGUGUCCUGGAAGCGGGUUAUACGGUUGGCUGUUUAACCACUCAGUUGGCGAUUGUCAGGCGGCUGAGCUUUGCUUAAAUUCGGCACACACCGGUGGCAUGACGAACGCAUCAUCCGUUGGUGGAAAACGUCUUCGACGAACCAGCCAGUGGCAGUCUCGAACAGGACCACACUCCGUCAGUGUAUAUGCAACACGAAGUGCAUGCCAAUAUCACUGUUUGCCAAAGCCCCCUAGAGGCACAGAUGCACAGAAUGUAUGUCACAUGAACCCAAUCGUCACCGUACCAUUUGGAUGCAAUGCGAUGAUUACCCGAUGGUAUUUUGAGCCGAGGGAAGCGAUUUGCAGGAGUUACAUCACUUGUCCACAGUACGGAAACAACUUUGCCAGCGAGAAAACUUGCCAGGAGGUUUGCAUGCCAACGCAUCCACUACAUGUGUGCCGCCUACCAAAGGAUCACGGUGGAUGUGCUCGCUUUGUCGCACGUUGGUAUUACGAUGUGCGUUGGCGCACAUGCCGGCCAUUCAUGUACGGUGGUUGUUUUGGCAACCCCAACCGGUUUUUGACCAGAGCCGAAUGCGAGAGCUUCUGCGUGUCACAAGAUGUGUGCCGGCUUCCUUUACAGAAGCAUUCAGCGGACACGACCUAUCCAAAGCGUUACUAUUACAACCAGUUCGAACACCGCUGCCUUCCAUUCCACUUCACCGGUAUUCUGGCCCAUGGGAACAACUUCCCCGACCUAGCGGCAUGUAAUGCUACCUGUGUCUUUGUUCCCGACGUCGAAGCGGUCAUCAGCAAUGCAGAAUUGCCGACGGAAGACAAUGCAUUAUAUGCAAUAACUGAAGAACAGCUACACCUAGCGGACAAGAAUGUUGCGCAUGUGACACAAGAAUCAGCUGUGAACAGGUCAGUGAAAGAGUUCCAUUCCCCAUGCGCAUCUCUAAUCUCCGACCUCGGUCCCGGAGAAUUGGCCAAACAAACCAUUUGCGACAAAGAAGAUAUCGUUCACGAGCUCGGGUACCGGUUCCGAACAGUUCGUGCAGCUGACAAGCAGUUCGGAGGGGAGGGUCAAAGCGAUGGGUUCUGCGAAUUGACCCUGGUACCCAUAUGUCUCAGUCAACCGAGAAAAGUGUUUCGUAGCUUGGUGGACCACAACAUGCGUACCAUUGGGCGAGUAUUCCAGACACAGGCUGAAUGUGAAGAGACUUGUUUGCGCCACAGACGCGUCCGUCGAAGUGUUAAUGGGAUCAGCGCAGAAUCACCUCAAGCUAAUCACUUCGAAGAAGACGUGAAGAAAUUACUUGAACAAAGCGGAUAUGAGUCAGAGAUCAAUGCACAACAACCAGUGCGGAACGGCUGUACGCCGGACAGCGUAGCGGCCGAAAGAGUUGACAGCUUCCAGCACACUUUUCAAGCGUACACCCGGUGGCCAUGUCAAUUUGAUACUUCGGAGGCACGUAACUACGUUCCACUUAUCGAGCGCCUAGAAGGAAGUGACGCCUGGCUGCCAUGUUGGGUGAUAUCCGCAGCCCCACCGGUAAUACGGUGGUAUCGAUUAAAAGAUAAAAAGAAAUACUCUGUGAUUCCUAUCCGAAUGCCAACAAUGGACAACGUGUGGAUCGCCCACUACCAUAAAACACAGCUACAUCCAUUAGGUGGUAAUGGUGCAUGGAUUUGUCAAGUGACUAGUGCGGAUGGAAAACACAGAUUGGAGGCCUUCACUCAGUUACAUGUUGUUCCGAAAACCCAGCUCUACGCUGAACCUCAAGAAGUCUCCUUGCAUAGUUCCAUGGACAAGACGGUGGAACAUUCCGUGGUCGUGCCGGCUGGGGGAACAUUGCUUCUUGGAUGUCGGUGGAGCAAUUCAAAUCAAGCAUCCGGUGCUGUUCGGAAUGAAUUUGUGACCUGGAAAAGAGCAAGAUCUACAGACCGACAGGACAAACCUGCUGAUGUCAAAAGUCUCGCUGAUGCACAGGUACUGUAUGUACGACCAGUAAACACCAAACUUCACGGUGGUCUUUGGUUCUGUCGAGCAGUGCGCCAUUCUACAGUGAAAAACGAAAGAAAGCUUGCGUAUUACGUGGACAUCGCCAGACCACCGCAGUUUUUGUUCCCUCCAUCGCGUGAAGUGCGUUUCGUGUCCAAACACAAACCGAUACAGCAACUGCACUGCGGGGAAAUUGAUCGGGGUGAACCAGCCGCCCGGUUAACGUGGUAUCGGUGUCGGAGAUCGCGAGAAUGUCAACGGAUCAGGUCACUGACCAACGCGAACGAACGUAUAGUGAAAGUAACUCUUCCGGCCCCGGGAGAACGAUACUUCUGCCGAGUGGAAAACAUGUGGGGUCGUAUCGAAAGGACCUUUGAAUUUGUGGCUGCAUAACCACACAUGAGACACGCGCAUCUCAAGUCAUAGUUCACUGCAUACAUCUCCGUUAUCCAAGUUGACGAAUAAUUGUGCAAUUUGUCUCCAGUAUGCGUUCAUUUUUGACUUUAUUCAGUUUGAAGAUGUAAACAUUGUCACUGUUAUCCUUUUAUUUUAAUUAGUCGACCUGAAUUUAUCUUACUAUUCAUGGUACAC